AUGGAGAGCAUGCUCUGCCUAGAUGCUCAGCGAGGCCGGCCGAAACUGGAAGCCACAAGAUUGGAUGAGGACUCCGAUGAGGCCAUGGACGUGCUCUCCAAUGUCGGGGUUCGCAGCGUAGGAGAGGCCUCUGAGGAGAUGAGUGAGGCUGCAACCAGGCCAGCCGAUGAGCCGCGGCGGGUGCUGAAGCCUCCGUUCUUCAAAUCCUGGCAGGACUUCAUGGAAUUCGACAUGAACUACAAGCACAAGAUUCCGAUCACUCAGAGUGACUUCAUGCUCCUGCUGGAGAAAGAGUCACAAGACAUGCAAGGUUGGGAUCUUUGCAUUGAUCGGAAAGAGAUCAAGGUGGCAAAGACACUACAGACGGACGGCUCCGGGUGCCUUUUCUUGCGAGCAUGGGCGACCUUGCCGGGUGUUGAGCUUCCGGUGGUCUUCCACAUGUUCCACAAUACUGACAUGCGCAUGCAGUGGGACAAAGCCUUCUCCGACAUGAGCAUAGUCGACAGGGUCCAGGGCUCGGACAUCCUCUACAGUGUGCUGCGCGUGCCUGCAUUCACGCCGCGUGACUAUGUGCAGUACCGGCGGGCCAAAGUAUUGGAGGAUGGCACAAUCCUCAUCAGCCUCCGAUCUGCGAAUCAUCCGGACUUGCCGGAAAAGAAUGGGUACGUUCGAGCUGAGUCCUUCACUUCCGGCUAUGUCAUGAAGCAAUAUGCUGAUGGGGAUGGCAAAGGCACCAAGAUUUUCCUCAUGACCUGCACUGACGUGAAGGGCAUCAUUCCGAAGUGGAUCAUCAACUUUGUCGCUCCGCGGAAGCCUGGGGAGUGGAUCGACUGCCUGAAGAAAGCAUGCCUGGACUACCAGGCGAACAAUCCGGACUACGGCAUGCUGCAGAAGGAAUUGGACCCCUUUCGGGCGGCGGUGCCUUUCGACUACGAGGACAUGGAUUCGAGUCUGGUCCGAUCUCCGGUCCCUGAGGCCCAGACGACGCGCGUUUGUGGGCUAUGA